AUGCGCUGCACACUGGCUCGGCGCAUGGCCCAUGUGGUUCGUGUGCUACGACGAUCGUUCUGGACUCGUGGGACAGCUUUAAAUGCAUUUAUGCACAAUAACAACUGGCUGGAAUCGUGCUCUCCAUUGGCAAUCACCCAGUAUUUCGAAUCUAGACCACCAAUAGUGAAUCCCAAUGCCGACUACCACAGCUAUACGAGCUACGACACCGACUUUCUGCCGAUAUUAAACGACAAAAAUGCAAGUUUUCCCGAAAUUAUUCAAAACUCAUACUUGAAUCCUCCUAAUGUUGGUUCUAUAAUCGAGUACAUCGAUCAUGAUUCGAAUACACCAAAACUUGGUGCCGUUAUUCAGCAACCACUGUCCAAGUUCCACGAAAAUUACAGCAAAAAUUUGGUGCUUUCGGUCGAUAAUAACUUGGAAUACAUCUCGACAACUUCCAUUACUUUUCAUGCAUCCAACGUCAUAACCACCAAUCUUGAACCCAUUCUAGAAUCGAGAUUCAACCCCAGAUUUGAGCAGCGGCUUCAUCUCGUUAUGUUUCUCCAACAGUUUGCCAAAGAAGCCGUUCUCACAGCGGAAACUAUACUGCCUCAUAUGAACAUUGCAUUUGCCCAGUUUGCCCAUUCGCAUUCAAUAACGAACAUUACCCUCGACCAGUUAGUGAGGUCUUUCAGACUUCCUCCAUUAAUGUUUCAAAAACUAAACGCUUCAUAUCUGAGCAAGACACUUUUCCUUUUUGCUCUUCAUAUCCACAUGUUCAACAAUCCAGCUUCCUACUUGUUACUGUCCUUAAUGCUGCCAACCUCCAAUAUUAUAUCCUACAACUGUUCCACCUCCCUCUGCCGACCACAGAAGUAUUUCGUCAACUCAAUUGCCAAUAUGGAUGCGAUAUCUCGCUUUCAAAAGGAGUUUGACCUGUCAGCCGAGCGCUUCAAUUCUUUCCUUCAAGACAUUCACCAUCAGCAACUAAACCCAGCUACAUCGAAAAACCAGAAUGAAAUGAACUUUUUCUUGGACCUCUGGGAGGGAAAAGAGUUCAAGUUUCUCGUGGAAGUGCUAAAGUUUUCCGUAAUGUAUCCGCAUUCGAGAAUCACCACACUUUUAUCCCAACUACCAGUCUUCCAAACAGUGACCCUGGCAAGCUUGCUUAGGUUCUUGACUGAUAUCAAAGUAUACGAUGAAAAAACAGAUCCGUUUCUUUCUGCCAAUUUUGUCGGUGAACCUCUGCUUUCUCAACUAUCUGUCAAUUCGGUCAAUGACUUGACCAAUGUGCCCAUGCCCGAUGCCUUUGUCGAUAAGAAGCUUCAGGACUACUUUCCACAUCUUCGACAACGUUCAUACUACCAUGAUCUUGUUAUUUAUGGAUUACCAUCUGAAAGCGGCCAUUGCGAAGUUGCAAUUUCUUGUGAAAAGCUCAACAGUCGAAAGUAUCGAAUUAACAUCCACGUUCCAGAUAUCGUUACCAAGUUUCCACCGAGCGGGAGUGUCUUUGAAGCUUUCAGUAGGGCGUCAAUAACGUCUUCCUUACUAGAUAGGCCAUUGUUCAGAGAUGAGAUUGUCAAGCGCUUGGCUUUCCAAGAACAGUUAUGCAACGACAAGACUGAUUUCUACUCUGUUGGACUGUCUGAAUUAUUUCCGAAGAUGAAAGCAAGAACCUCCUUCAAUAACCAGCAAACGUGCUUGACUCUCAGCUUCAUUUACAAUACCUUUGAAUCCAGCCCGUUUCAGAAUCUCGAUGGAAAAUUCUCUUUUAGUUUUGACUCGCUUGACCAUGUUCAGAUCAAACCAUUAUCAUGGGAUACAUUAGAGAACUGUCUACUAGCUAGAGGGGAUCUGCUUCCAUUUACCUUAUUUCGGCGAGGCAAAAAACCAGAAGAAUCGAACAAGCUCAGCGACGAGGAUACCCACAAUAUUCGGUUCAUUUACAAUAUUAUGAAGACUCAUUUCAAAGUCAGAAACCUUGGCUUGUCCAGUAAUCGAGACCCCAAAGUUGUGAAUAGUCGAAGCGAGACACUCUCAGUUUCUUUCAUGGAAGAAUUGGAUAACUUUAUGGGACAUAUGACAUCCAAGUAUUGUGCUACAAACUCCAUACCGAUAUUGUCGCAUUGUCAAGAUGAGCUUGAACACCUGGAAGAAGAGGUACUUGUGGCACAUAACAAUGCUCUUUUACCGACUUAUAAUGCCAAUUCAUACGAGCAAACAUUAUUGGCCCGAGAUAGAAACGGGUAUGUUUCCGAGGCAGCGUCCAUUAUAGGCCGCAAUUGGUUGGGUUUCAGUUCAACUGAAGUAUCCAGUGACUCGAAUUUGCGCCAUUUGCGACGAGGAAUCAUCGGUGGGUAUGUGAACAUGAUAAGAAGCUUGCAAAGCUAUGAAUCAAUACUCAAUCAAUUUCAAAUUUUGAGUAGCAUUCAGAUGCGCCAUACCAAUAGUCUACUGCAUUCUGACCGAGCCAAGCAUUUAAGUGUCCUUAAAAGCAUGGGAUACAAUGUAAAUGGACCGUUAUCUUAUUCAUCUCUCGGCGAAGAACUCACCAAAAUUGAAACUUCGUCUGCCAUGUGUGACUUGGCUUCUCGCUGGACGAAACAUUACUGGGAGCUCCAAAGGCUACAAGAGAGUACAGCCGACCAAUAUGAGUGCAUUAUCACUGAUCCAGGGCAUUUGGUGUCAGAUCUUAGCGUCAGAGUAGCAGGAGCUUUCUGUGUCGAAUUGGGCAUCGAAGUCAGUGUGAUUCUUCCGCCAGAUAUUGAGGCCAUUAUAGGCUCUCAGAAGCUUUGUACAGUGUCACAUGUCCAGCCAGUGACCAGUAUAUGCGCCAUGAUACUUUCGGAGCUUCUUUAA